CACGUAAAGACUAGUUCAGUUUAUCUCAUCCGUUUUAUCCAUUUUUGUCCGUUUUCAGUGUGUUUUUUAGUGUAUUUUUUACGGUCUUAGGCUUUUGCUAGCAUCUACAACACAGUUUACGUCAAUACAGUCAUGAUAAAUUCAUGCAAACGACCUGGAUGCCGUUUUUCUGUUACAUCUUGCAUGCAGUGCGACAACUGCAAAGGUUGGUUCCACGAAGCGUGCACAGAUCUCACAGCAACUGCUUACAACAGACUCAGCAAGUCGGAUCAUAAGUGGGAAUGUGUUACGUGCAGCACGGAUGAUGCAGUCUUGCUGAGUAAUAUCAUUGUCCUACUGACAGGUCUGCAGAGCAAGUUGUCGGCAAACUUGGGAAAAGACAGUCAAAAAAUGGGUAGACAAACAAGAGAGCGCAUUGAAAACGAGAACAGGGAUGUCGACAGGUCUACCAACGACGAAGCAUGCAACAGCAUUAAUGAUGACACGCUGAAACUCAGCACCAUGAUUACGACGACGGUACUCGACUCCCUCAUCAAACUCAGGUCUCACAGCUCAAGGUCCUUGAACGCGACAGUGGUUCCCAAAAACUCUGUAGGUGAUUGGACCCAUGUCAAAAGAGCUAAAAAAGGCCAGGUGUCACAGUCUAAGUUGAACAUUCUAGCUGUUGAACGGAAGUCAACUGGUGAUCUGGUCGCACAGUCUACCCCCAAGAUUGUCUGCCCGGUCAUCAAAGAGCCAAGGAUUCAUAAACGUGCUUCGACUCCCAAACAACAAGGUGCUAAACCUGGACGCACCGGAAAAUCUGGGACGACAAUAACGGUUCGUGAUGACUCUCUCACAGUCAUGAACUGCAAAGACAACCCUGACCUUCCUCUAAGUUUGCAGGACAAAAAUGAUAGGAUGCUCUGGGGAGAAUUGAACAAGAAACUUGGACUUCCAAGAAUAGAGCCUUUGACAGUCACACGGCUCACUCGGGGAAAGGAAUCUAAGCAUCAAAAUCACCAGAUGCUACUUCGUGUAACACUUAAGAAUGCUACCGACGUAGAGGAUGUCUUACUAGCGAGUCAUUUACUGAAAUCAGAUGGGAAUGUAAGAAUACUGCCUGACACACCGUAUUCUGAGCGCAAUCUCAUCCGGAACAUCCCCAAAGAAACUCGCGAUCAGUUUUUCCGCGGGAGGAAUAUAAUCGUACAAGGUAUACCGGAAAAUACUGACCCUACUCAAUCAAAGACUGACAUCAGGGAAUGGAAAUUCACCAAACAGUCCUUGAGGCUCCAAAACAUACUGACUCAGCAUGUGACGAGACUAGCCAAGAAGGAUGGUGAUUCUAGACCCCGUCUAAUGAAGAUAACCUCCCCAUCUUUCCAUAUGGCGGCUGCAACUCUGGAAGCAUUUCGUGCCAACAGACGUCGACUGCCACCUGGAAUCCACAUGCACCCGGAUAGGCCAUACGAAGCUAGGACCAAACACAAAGGCAAGUUGGAGCUGAUCAUUCCACUUGUGGACUGUCUAGACGAUAAAAAGAACGUGUAAAGGACAGGGCCUACCACCUCGGCAAACCUCAUAUAGGUGGGCUACCUGUCCAUUCACGUAAGGCUCAUACAGACAAACAGGAAGAACCUCACGCGUUUCAAAUUGAAAGCACAAACUGCUCAUAUAUGAACGCCGCGAGUCUACCAAACAAAUUGGAUGAACUACGUGAACUUAGCAAUGCUAAUAAGGCCCAUCUGAUAGGAAUAUCUGAAACCUGGAUAUCUUCUCAGUUCUCGGACCAUGAGUUAGCAUUACCUGGGAUGUCUUUGUUCCGCAAUGACAGAAAAUCAGGAUUUGGGGGCGGAGUAGCUGUUUACAUACGUUCUUGCUUUGAGGUGCAUCAAGCUCAUAACCUCGAGUUUAACAAUCUUGAGGAAUCUACAUGUUGCUCUGUAAGAUUGUCCAGUACUUCGAGGUGUCUAGUCGGAGUCAUUUACAGGAAGCCAACUGCCGACAUCGAGUACGAUAGUCGUAUGCUGGAAGGACUAUCCCGCUCUACUCGUCUCGGUUUCACACACAUCCUGAUUCUAGGAGACUUUAAUCUCCCUAGAGUCAACUUCGCGGAACACACGUAUACUGGAGGCGAUAACUCAAUUGAAGCUCGGUUCUUCAACCUCAUCGGUGACUUGGGAUUGUACGAAAAUGUGAGGUCGGCAACUCGUUGGAGAAACAGUCAGACAUCAUCGCGCUCAGACUGUGUAUUCACAAACGAAGAAUUUCUAGUUGACAACCCUUCAAUCCUGGCUCCCCUGGGGAAAAGCGAUCAUGCCGUCAUAGCCUUUAGUUUUGUCACCAAAACUAAGCUAAGAUACCCCACUAAUAACUUGCGUUGGAAUUUUAAACGGUUGAAUAAACCAGCUCUACACGACUAUGUACAACAGGUGGUUUGGGAUGUUCACCCCCAACUCGAUGUGGACGGUCAUUGGGACUUCUUACUGCACACACUCUUACGUGCUACAAACCAUUCAGUUCCUCAAACAAUUCCCAAAAGCUGCAAGCCACCUAUAAUAAUCAAUAACCGUACCCUUCGCCUGCUAAGCUGCAAAAGGCACUGUUGGGCAGAAUACGAACAAACUGACGACGGAGCGUACAGGCUAUAUAAACAUAUCAAGAACAUAUGCACGAAGGCUAUAAGAGAAGAUAGGUUUCAGUACCAGACAAAGCUUAUGGACAAAUUUGCCUUCAAUCCUAAAAGCUUAUUACAUUAUGCAGCUCCUCUUCGUCAAGCCAAAACUGGAGUUUCCCAACUGGUAGGUCUUAACGGCCCGACCAACAACGAUCGCGACGCCGCUAACCUUCUGGCUGAACAUUACUCCCAGACAUUUCAACCGACCGACAUUAACUUUACUGAUGACAGUUUCGUUUGCAAUUCCACAGAACUUUCUAAAGUGAACCUAAGCGCUGACUUGGUGUUCCGGAAACUUCAGCACUUAAGAUUAGACACUUCUCCUGGCCCGAACAUGGUCCAUUCUGCCAUACUGAGGGAAGCAGCCUCAAUCUUGGAAACGCAGCUUAGCGUGAUGUUCUCACACUCGCUAAGUCGAGGAAAACUAUCGGAAAAUUGGAGGCUGGCUCACAUCACACCAAUUUUCAAAGGAGGUCGACGCAGAGAACCUUCAAGUUACCGACCGGUGGCUCUUCUCUUCAUACCUUCAAAACUCAUGGAGUCCUUGAUAUGCGAUGGUAUAAAUGACUAUUUACUGUCCUUACAUUUCUUCUCACCCCAACAGCAUGGUUUCAGGAAGGGUUACUCUUGUAUUACCAACCUGAUGACUGCGGUGGACAAAUGGACAAGCAUCCUUGAUCACAAGGGGAAGGUUGAUAUCAUCUACCUAGAUUUCUCAGAAGCUUUUGAUAAGGUUAACCAUACAUGUCUUAUCAAUAAGCUCAAACGAGUGGGUAUCAGACCACCUCUAAUCGAUUGGCUCACUUCAUACCUGAAAAAUCGACAUUUUAAGGUCAGGGUUAAUUUAACUUUAUCUCAGGCUAUGGAAUAUCCUAGUGGGGUCCCCUUGGGCUCAGUACUAGGACCUCUUCUCUUCUUGAUCUACAUAAGUGAUCUUCCUCAACAGGUGACGUCACACAUUACUUUUUGCCGACGACGUGAAACUUUGGAGAGAGAUACGCAACCAAGACGAUAUACAGGCACUUCAGGAGGAUCUGACUCGACUUCAAAGUUGGGCAGAUAAUAAUGGACUUACCUUUAACACUUCAAAGUGUAAAGUAGUCCAUCUGCGACAUGUUGCAGACUACAGUUAUAACUUAAGAAACUCCUCUUUAGUAAUAUCCCGAGUCGAAAAAGAUCUAAGAGUCCUGGUGCCCUACGAUUCAAAGUCUCACGCUAACUGUGACAAAAAUGCCUUCCGAGCAAACCUUGCACUGGUAACAUUGGAGCGCAUUUUUGGCCAGUUUGACGGAAGAACUUUCCAUAUAACCUUACGAAGAGCGCCUCCAUUCACUAGAGCUUUACCCAUUAGAGUAUAGACGUCCUAGAGAUGACCUCCUGAUGGCUUAUAGUAUCCUUAACACUUCUGGACAUCCUCUCAAACACCUACUUAAGCUUAGUUCCAACACUAACCUAAGAGGUAACACCCAAAAACUGGAGACACAACAUAGCAGAACGGACUUUAGACACAACUUCUACUCCUUAAGAGUUGUCAAAUGCUGGAAUUCGCUGCCGGCCGAGCUAGUUCAAGCGACUUCCCAGGAGUCCUUUAAGAGGCAACUUGAUCUAUUCUUAAGGACUAAGGAUAGUAUCACACUAUGAUUUACUAAUUUCUUUUCCUCUUUUAUUGUUAACAUACCUAGGUUCCUGCCUGGAGGAUUUGGUGAUCCCCUGCUACUACACACGGAAGCCUGUUAAGCGAAAGCUUCUUCUAUUCCGUCCACAACCAUUUAAACCAUUUGAACAUACCAAGUGUAACACCAGUAUU